AUGUUGGAAUUUUAUCACAACCUUAACCUCAACACUGGAAUUGCACAGGGUCAAACGGUGGAGUCGAAUUUAAGGGAUAAUCCUAUCGACGGUAGUGAACGGACAGACAUUGUUGGAACAAUUAAGAGUGAAAAAACGCAAGAAAUCUGCGAAGGAUGUGGCCAAAAAAUCAAAGACCGGUAUUUUAUGAAGAUAGCUCCGGAUCAGUACUGGCACGAGCAAUGCCUUCUCUGCUGCAUCUGCCACAUCCAACUAAACCAGUCCUGCUUCACAAAAAACACCAAAGUGUACUGUAAAGACGAUUACUACCGAAUCUAUGGCCUUCCGCCGCUACAACAACAGCAGCAUCAAACCGUGUCCCGUGACUGUUAUGGUUGUGGUGAACGAAUAGCGCCCAACGAAAUGGUAAUGCGGGCAAAAAAUCUAGUCUAUCAUUUGAAUUGUUUCCUCUGUUAUACCUGCAAUAGACCAUUACAAAAAGGAGAACCAUUUUCGUUACGAAGUGGCAAGCUCAUUUGCCAGCUCGACUUGGAGAAGGAUAUGUACAAUAAUCUACAUGCACUGCAUCCACAUCAUAACCCAUACGGAGAGGAUGAUUACUUGUUGGAGGACGGGAUACGUUCGCGUGAUGGUCGUCGUGGGCCCAAGCGACCCCGAACGAUACUAACUUCUGCCCAACGAAGGCAGUUCAAAGCUUCAUUCGAUGUGUCUCCGAAACCUUGUCGAAAAGUUCGAGAAGCGCUAGCCAAAGAUACCGGUUUGUCGGUUCGAGUAGUUCAAGUGUGGUUUCAGAACCAGCGGGCAAAAAUGAAAAAAAUUUCUCGAAAAAGUAAAACCGGUCAGAGCAGUAACGAUGGCGACAAGAAUCACUCCGAUAAGGAUGAAAAAUCUGUCAAACUCGAAUCUCCCAGCAGCGAUCACGGUCACUAUCUGAGCGUGGAAGGAACGUACGGAUCUACAAGUCAACCACUGAAUCCAAACCUACCCUACUCACCAGAUUUCCCAGAAAACUCAGAUGGCAGUAUGUGUAGCAGCGACAUUUCCCUUGAUGAAAGCUUUGACAACUUGGAUGAAGGAACCUCAGACACUAUGUCAUUGCAAAAUCUAGACAUUCAUACAAAUUUGAAUGGAAGCAGUAAUAAUAGCAGCAAUAGUGCCCAAAACAAUACCGGUACCAAUUUAGUCAAUCACAAUAAUAACAACAUUAACGGGUUGCUAUCCGGAAACAGCAUUACACACAUCGACAAACUUUAUCUGAUGCAGAAUUCAUAUUUCAACGCGACGGCUAUCGAGCAAUGA